UAUUGGAGAUGUUUGGUAGAAGCUCUUGUCAUUGGUCGAGCAACCGGUCGGGUUAGUCAGUUUUUACUUUUCAGGAGAAGAAGAAGAAACAAAACCCGAAACCAGAUUCGUCUCUCUGCAAAAUCGAGACGUUGUCGGAAUCGCACUUCUUCUUCUUGUUCAAUCGACAAUCAGUAGGUCGAAAUUCAAGAAAGAUGGUGGUGUCGCCAAAGAUAGCUCCAUCAAUGCUGUCUUCGGACUUUGCAAAUCUGGCGGCAGAGGCCAAGCGGAUGGUUGAUUUGGGCGCUGACUGGCUUCACAUGGACAUCAUGGACGGGCAUUUUGUCCCGAAUCUAACCAUUGGUGCUCCUGUCAUCGAGAGUUUGAGAAAGCACACAAGUGCAUAUCUUGAUUGCCACCUAAUGGUGACGAACCCCAUGGAUUACGUGGAGCAGAUGGGUAAAGCUGGGGCUUCUGGUUUCACAUUCCACGUUGAGGUGGCCAAAGAGAACUGGCAAGAACUUGUGAGUAAGAUUAGGUCUGCUGGGAUGAGGCCAGGUGUGGCUCUAAAGCCUAGAACACCUGUUGAAGAUGUCUAUCCUCUGGUUGAAGGGGAAACUCCAGUAGAAAUGGUGCUAGUGAUGACGGUGGAGCCUGGAUUUGGAGGUCAGAAGUUCAUGCCCAGCAUGAUGGACAAGGUCAGGGCAUUGAGGCAGAAGUAUCCAACGCUAGAUAUCGAGGUGGACGGAGGGUUAGGCCCAUCGACUAUAGAAGCAGCGGCUGCAGCAGGGGCCAACUGUAUCGUAGCUGGAAGUUCAGUGUUUGGAGCUCCGGAGCCAGGCAAAGUCAUUUCUCUUUUGCGGACCAGUGUUGAGAAAGCCCAACCCAUCACCUGAGUGCACUGCCCGUUUCUAAUAUUUAUGCACCCACCAAAGGCAAUAAUAAUUUUACGACAACUAUAAUUUAAGAGCUGAAACAUACAAAAAGAAUCGUUCAAACAUUUCCUUAGUAGUUUGAUGAUAUUGCACUUGUGUAAUGGAAUGUUUCGUAUUGUCAAGCAAACUUGGUCAUACAGUAAGAAUGUUUUCGUAAAAUGGUAAA